AUGCGUUAUUGUGAACUAUAUGGGUCUGUGAUCUUGGCUGCCUCUGGAUUGACUGGAAGACUUUGGACCGGAUCCCUGUGGUACUUUGAGGACCCAUCCAGUGCUCCGGAUGUCAACAGAAGCAGUGCAGGAGUACGGACUGAGGCAGGAAUAACAGACUUAGAAUGGAUUGAUGAAAACAGACUAGCUGUUGCAUCAGAUACAGGUGCAAUCGAGAUUUGGCAACUUGAGAGCAACGCAUUCCGUAAUUUAUUUUAUUUAUAUGAGCAUGAUAGUACAGUGAACUCCGUCAGCGUCAACUCAAAUAAGACCCGUGUCAUCAGCGGCUCGUCAGACAGACUGAUUAAGAUCUGGGAUCUUGCUACACAGCGUUCUAUUCGUACACUCAACGUCCACACAGGAAAGAUUGAACAGCUAGCAUGCAGUCCAAAUGAAUUAGAUGUCUUUGUAUCGUGUUCACAGGAUGGAUUUGUACUAUUAUGGGAUAUGCGGAAAGCUAAGCCAGCUCAACGACUACCAUGUCCGGCUGGUGUACCUACAAGUGUCGUGUGGAAGCCAGGAGAGUCCUAUGUUAUAGCAGUUGGUGAUGAGAGUGGUAGUAUCUCCCUCCUUGAUGCUCGCAAUCUUCAAAAUGCAGCUAUUGUUACAUCAGCUCACAGCAGAGCUGUACAUAGGCUGGCUUUUUCAACCAAAUCUCCCCUAUUACUUGCAUCUGUAUCAGAUGAUUGCACAGCAGCCGUUACAGAGCUACAACCAGAGCUUAAACAAAUAUACCGUAGCUAUGCUCACAAUGACUUUGUGCAUGGUUUAUCAUGGGACAGUCAGAGUAAUAAGCUACUAACAUGUGGAUGGGAUCGCCAGGUUAUUUCUCAUGAUAUUAACAUUGCAACAUCUAUGGCCCUAUGA